AUGAAUCUUGAUACCAAGAUCUUCGCUCAAGAUAAAGAGUUCUGGAACAACUAUCUCAAAGGCCGCCCUCAAGCCCCCGAGUCGUUCUUCAACCGCAUUUUUAAUUAUCAUGAAUCCCACGGCGGAGUCUUCGGAACUGUCCACGAUGCCGGAGCAGGAAACGGGCCAUACUCUCAAAAGUUACGCUCUCGCUUCCAACAUGUCAUCGUUUCCGACAUUGUGGCCAAGAAUGUUGGGCUAGCUGAGGAUCGUCUCGGAACAGACGGAUUCAGCUACCGCACAGCCAAGGUUGAGGAGGUGGAUGAUAUACUGCCUGGUAGUGUGGACAUGGUAUUCGCGACAAAUGUGAUGCAUUUCCCCGAUCAGCAGGUGGCAAUGGCCGCCAUCGCCCAGCAGCUGAAAGCCGGCGGAACAUUUGCCUGUGGAUCAUUCGGGCCUGCCCGAUUUUACGAUGCCAAAUUACAGGAUCUAUGGCAGCGGAUCAGUCACGAAGGGGGUCGACAAUUGUUGAAAAAACCGGGCAUCAGCAGCUCCGACACAAUUCGUGUCCUGGCGCGCACUGGUGACGCCAAUAUGGCACCUUUGGAUCCGGAAGUAUUCGUCUCUGGUGCUCAGAGAGUACAUCUCAACUUCAGAAGUGGGGGAAUUACUGGGCUGCUGCCUCCGGAGGCUUAUCGUAAGACGGAGCCCAAUUUCACGGGUCCCGAUGACGAGGUGCUUUUCGAAGACGAAGAGGGAUGGAGCUUCGAAAAGGAUUUGGAUGGGAUCAAAGAGCAUUUCUGCUCAUUCCCCUUUGUGGCCGAAAAUUUGGCUGUCCUCGCGGGUCUUUUUGCAGAGUUGGAUGAACUACUGGGAGAUGGACGUGUGGUGCGUGGGUAUUUCCCUGCACAAAUUAUCUUGGCUACCCGGCGUUAA